CAUACAGGCCGCUCUGGGCGGGUCUGGGCAGCGCCAGCGUUUUGGGGCCUAGGAGCCGUGGGAGGAGCCGGCGGCUUCACCCUGGUAACCAGAGCGCUGUAGCUGCCCCGCCUUGCAGGCCUCAGGACUGUCAUCGCCUUUGGGUGUGGGGUACUUUGGCCAGCGUCCCCGGAAAUAGCCCUGCCGGCCUCUCUCAGACACCCCCAUCCUCCCCACGCCGCCGUCGCCGCCGCCAUGCAGGGGGAGGACGCCAGAUACCUCAAAAGGAAAGUUAAAGGAGGAAAUAUUGAUGUACAUCCAUCAGAAAAAGCACUCAUUGUUCAAUAUGAAGUGGAAGCUACCAUUCUUGGAGAAAUGGGGGAUCCCAUGUUGGGAGAACGAAAGGAAUGCCAAAAAAUCAUUCGUCUUAAGAGUCUCAAUGCCAACACAGAUAUAACUUCCCUGGCACGAAAGGUGGUUGAAGAAUGUAAACUCAUUCAUCCCUCAAAGCUAAAUGAGGUAGAACAGCUGUUGUACUAUCUCCAGAACCGCCGUGAUUCAGUGUCAGGAAAAGAAAAAAAAGAAAAAUCAAGCAAGCCUAAAGAUCCACCUCCUUUUGAAGGAAUGGAGAUUGAUGAAGUUGCUAACAUUAAUGACAUGGAUGAGUACAUUGAGUUAUUAUAUGAAGAUAUUCCUGACAAGGUUCGGGGUUCUGCUUUGAUCCUACAGCUUGCUCGAAAUCCUGAUAACUUGGAAGAACUACUAUUGAAUGAAACUGCCCUUGGUGCAUUAGCAAGAGUCCUCAGAGAAGACUGGAAGCAAAGUGUUGAGUUAGCUACAAACAUAAUAUACAUCUUUUUUUGCUUUUCCAGCUUUUCUCAGUUUCAUGGACUUAUCACUCACUAUAAAAUUGGAGCUCUGUGUAUGAAUAUCAUUGAUCAUGAAUUAAAAAGACAUGAGCUUUGGCAAGAAGAACUUUCUAAGAAGAAGAAAACUGUUGAUGAAGACCCUGAAAACCAAACCUUGAGAAAAGAUUAUGAAAAAACCUUUAAAAAAUACCAGGGGCUUGUGGUAAAACAGGAACAGCUCUUACGAGUUGCUCUUUAUUUGCUUCUGAAUCUUGCGGAGGAUACACGUACAGAGCUGAAGAUGAGGAACAAGAACAUAGUUCACAUGCUGGUGAAGGCUCUUGAUCGGGACAAUUUUGAGCUGCUUAUUCUAGUUGUGUCAUUUUUGAAGAAACUCAGCAUUUUUAUGGAGAAUAAAAAUGAUAUGGUGGAAAUGGAUAUUGUUGAAAAACUGGUAAAAAUGAUACCUUGUGAGCAUGAAGAUCUGCUGAAUAUCACCCUCCGACUUCUACUGAACCUAUCCUUUGACACAGGACUGAGGAAUAAGAUGGUACAAGUUGGGCUGCUUCCCAAACUCACUGCACUCUUAGGCAAUGAAAACUACAAACAAAUAGCAAUGUGUAUUCUUUACCACAUAAGCAUGGAUGACCGCUUUAAAUCAAUGUUUGCAUACACUGACUGUAUACCACAAUUAAUGAAGAUGCUCUUUGAAUGUUCGGAUGAACGAAUUGACUUGGAACUCAUUUCUUUCUGCAUUAAUCUAGCUGCUAACAAAAGGAACGUACAGCUUAUCUGUGAAGGAAAUGGGCUGAAGAUGCUCAUGAAGAGGGCUCUGAAGUUCAAGGAUCCAUUGCUGAUGAAAAUGAUUAGGAACAUUUCCCAGCAUGAUGGACCAACUAAAAAUUUAUUUAUUGAUUAUGUUGGGGACCUUGCAGCUCAAAUCUCUAAUGAUGAAGAGGAGGAGUUUGUGAUUGAAUGUUUAGGAACUCUUGCAAAUUUGACCAUUCCAGACUUAGACUGGGAAUUGGUUCUUAAGGAGUAUAAGCUGGUUCCGUACCUCAAGGAUAAACUCAAACCAGGUGCUGCGGAAGAUGACCUUGUUUUAGAAGUGGUUAUAAUGAUUGGAACUGUAUCUAUGGAUGACUCUUGUGCUGCAUUGCUAGCCAAAUCUGGGAUAAUCCCUGCACUUAUUGAGUUGCUAAAUGCUCAACAAGAAGAUGAUGAAUUUGUGUGUCAGAUAAUUUAUGUCUUCUACCAAAUGGUUUUCCACCAAGCCACAAGAGAUGUCAUAAUCAAGGAAACACAGGCUCCAGCAUACCUCAUAGAUCUGAUGCAUGAUAAAAAUAAUGAAAUCCGAAAAGUCUGCGAUAAUACAUUAGAUAUUAUAGCGGAAUAUGAUGAAGAAUGGGCUAAGAAAAUUCAGAGUGAAAAGUUUCGCUGGCAUAAUUCUCAGUGGCUGGAGAUGGUAGAGAGUCGUCAGAUGGAUGAGAGUGAGCAGUACUUGUAUGGUGAUGAUCGAAUUGAGCCAUACAUCCAUGAAGGAGACAUCCUUGAGAGACCUGACCUUUUCUACAGCUCAGAUGGAUUAGUUGCCUCUGAAGGAGCCAUGAGUCCAGAUUUCUUCAAUGAUUAUCACCUUCAAAAUGGAGAUGUAGCUGGGCAGCAUUCAUUUCCUGGCAGCCUUGGAAUGGAUGGCUUUGGCCAAUCGGUUGGCAUUCUUGGACGCCCUGCCACAGCUUAUGGAUUCCGCCCUGAUGAACCUUACUACUAUGGCUAUGGCUCUCGAUAAAGUCAUCCCUCUCCAUUUGUGCUCUCAGCUUAGAAGAGAUCUGUGUGGGUUGGGUUAACUUUGAAUCUUGGCCUAAUAAUGCAUGUUGAUACUAUUGCGGGUCUGUGUUUCUUUUUACUUUUCCAUACUGUUAGCUGCAGGUUAACUUCGACCCCUUCCGUCAAGCAACAGUUGAUGCUUGACACUGUUCACUCAUCAAACCACAUCCUGAUGCUGAAUAAUAUUUACCAUGAGACUCAGAAGUGAAUGCUGAAAAGCAACUAGACUGUAAAACAAACACUACAUUAUGUACAUUAAUUGACUAAUUUAAUUUCUAUUAAAAAGAAGCAUAAAGUACAAAUGAAUUAGCAAAA